CCCAAAUUUCGACGUAUCGCGCCCUCCCAAAAACAUUUCUCAUACCGGUGUGUUGUUUCUGGUUCCAAUCAACUCAAAACUCUCUGGGCGUUUGAGUCGUGGGGUUUCGAGGGAUUUGAAUUUCAUCGUGAAACAACCGCCGACUCACCACCACCGGCCACCAGUUUCAGAUGGAGGCUCUUUAUUCAAAGCUCUAUGAAAAGUACACUAGGGUCAAGACACAUAAAGCUUCUGAAAUAGAGCACUACAACUUUGAUCAAGAACAAAAGUUCAAGACUUAUGUGUCUGCUGCAGAUGAACUGAUUGACCAUUUACAAAAUGAAAAGGACACAUUAGAUGCACAAGUCAAUGAAUUAAGAAAUGAAUUGGCCUCAAUCAGAUCUGCCAAGGAUGAAGAGCAAAAAAAGUAUGAACACAUGCUUUUAAAAGAGAACCUGAAAAUAAAAGAACUUUCAGAAGAACUCGAGAGGAUGAAUAGAAGAGAAUUUCAUUCAAACACUAACAAUGAAAUAGUUCCAAUUAAGCAAAUGUCAACUUCUCCUCUUUCUUCAAUCAAAACUAACAAAUCAUCAAUGAGAAAGAGACUUAGGAGUUCCAUUGAUGAACAUGAGAAUACCUCACAAGAAGAAUCACAAAAUGAUUUAGUGAAAGAAAACAUGUUUUUGGGUGCCAUUGAUGAUGUUAAUCAGCCUAAAUGCUGUCGUCGAAGGCUUGGGAAUUCAGUAAAUGGAAGUGAUCCAAGUAUGUGCAUGUUUCAAGAGCUUGUUGAAUCCCUACUUGACCUUAAAUUUUCAGUUUCAACACAAAAUGAUGACACUCUCAUGACUGCAGUUCAUGAUUCAAGUGGUUACACAUUUAAUUUAGGAUAUGUGAAGAAUGCAUUAGGAGAAGAGGAGCUUAUGUACAAAGUGUCUUCAUUGGGGACUUUUGAGAGAGUAGCACCUGAAUGGAUGAGAGAGGUGAUGUUAUUUAGUAAGAGCAUGUCUCGUAUCUUUUUCAAGAAAGUAUCUGCUAUCAUGAAGCUUCAAGAAUGAUGAUGAUGAUGAUGAUGAUGAUGAUGAUGAUAAUGAUGAUAAUGAUGAUAUCAUGUGUGUUGUAAAGUUAAAAUAUUGUAUUCUUCUGUUUUUUACUUGAGUAGCUUAGCUUGCAUGUGAGGUUUUUGUUAGGUCAUACUUUGUUUUGUGACCUUUUUACGCAACAAUUGCUCUUGUUAUCUUUCCUUUUAUGGAAGGAGGUAUCUUAAAAGAAAUGUAAGCGAGAAGAAGGAAAGUAUUGAGAUGUGUUACUUGUGAAAUUGUAGUGUUAAAAGGUUAUUUGAUU